GGGGGGAAAGAGAGAGAGAGAGAGAGAGAGAGAGCAGUGGGGAAAGGUAAAGGUGAGGCGAGAAACUCAUUUGCAGAAAUACCAUCCAGCCAAGGUGACUCUCUCUCACACACACGCACUCUCCUUCGACCCUAAUCAAUCAAUCGGUCGAUCGAUCUAUCAGAUAACGGAACCCAGAUUCUUGUGGUAGUUCGGGUGUUCUUGGAUUCCAUUUUUACGGACGAUGAUUGUCGGUAAUUGGUAAGAUAAGGGAAAUUGUUUCUGCGUAUGGGGUACAACUUACAAGCAUCUCUUUUUUCUACAAAUUUCACGAUGCGUUUAACCUAGAUCGUUCCGUGAACAAACAGGAAUCUCGAACCGAUUUGGGUUUCGUUUUCGCUGAACGUAAGAUCGAUAUCCGGAUCUCUUUAGUUGUUGCAAACUGUUUAUUGAGAUAAGCUCGAGGGAAAUAAAUCAAAAUCAAAUCUGUUACAUCUGCGAUUUUUUAUCGGAGAGAAAAACAAUCAACGUUUGGGAUGCAUCCUGCUGCUGCUUCAAGGGAUUGAUUUUAUCAUCUUCAAGCUGUUAAUUGAUCAAGAGCUUUUAGAAAAAUGGAUAAAAAGAAAGUUGUGGCAGCCGUGGGAGAUGAGGAAGCCUUAUUUUUGUUAGGAAAUCAUACAAACCAUGAAUCUGAUGAGAUGGAAACCGAUGAAACUAGAAUAGAGACUCAAAAUAACGAUACUGUAACCUGCAAAUCAGACGACAGGGAUGAUGAAAACGUGGUGUUCUCAAAAGAAUCAUCACCUCUUGUAAGUAAAUCCACCUUGCUCUCAACAGAUUCUGGAGCUAUAAAAUUUGAAAAAUGUUCACAAGAGAAGAAACUUAGUAGACAAGAUAGGAUUGAAUUGGGGCGAUUGUUUCAAGGUGCAGUGAGUUCCCAUGAUUGGGAACUCGCAGAAAGUUUGAUCUCUUUAGCAGAUCCACAAACACUUAACGAUGCUCUCUGCAUUUCACUCGAUUCAAUUUGGUUUUUGAGCACCCAUCAUGAACUCGAUGGAAUCACUGCUUUAAUCAAAACCAUAAUCUCCAAUGGUGCUUCUGAUUUCACAAGAGCAGCAUUAAGAACUUCCUUCUUAGCUUCAUGUGUUUCCGCCUGUCAAAGCCGCACUAUGAGCCUUGCAGAUACCGUAUCCGUAAUGGCAAAACGGUUACAUGAACGAUUACAGGAGUGUAAUGGGGAUGAAGUGUUAAAAGCCGAAGCUGGUGCUAAAGUCCAGAAGUUCACGGAAUGGGCAUUGAAAUGUAUAGGAUUCCAUUCCCGUUGUCAAGGGAAUAAAGACAGAGUGAAUCAGAAUUCCGCUGCUCAGGUUCAAUUACAGUUGUCAGCUUUCAAGACUUUCUUGGAUCUUGCUGGGAAUCAUUUAACAGGGAAGGAUUUCACAGAAGCAUUCGAUGCAGCUUGUUUUCCUCUUACUUUAUUUUCUAGUUCUUUUGAUCCUGGUUGGGCAUCAGGUAUGUCAGCAACUGCAAUUCAAGGUUUGCUGGCCAUGUUAGUAGAAGGAGGCGCCGAUAAUGUCAAUCAAUGCUUUCUUGAAGCUUCAAGAUUCGGAAGCACAGAGCUUGUUCGCAUCUUAUUGCAAAUUGCUCAAAGAAACAGCUUGGAUGUAGACGUUGAUUUAGCCCUAGGAUUUGCCUCCCACUACUCAAAAAUCUCCACCAUGGAAUGUCUAGUGGAAGAAGGAAACGCGAUGGCUUUCCUGGGCCCACUAAUGAGAGCUGCCGAACGCGGUUGCAUGCAGGUGGUCCAGUGGUUCGUGAAACGAGGCUGCCGGGACAUGGAACUUUGUCUAGCCCUAACCGCCGCCACCUCCUCCAGCCAAGUCGACAUCGCCGCCUAUCUCCUCCCUCACGUCCCCCAACACGUCCUAGCGGCACUCAGUAUCGAAAUCCUCAAAGCCGCCGGAGAACGCUCCGGCGGCUCCCUAGAAGGUGUCGCCUUCCUCCUCCAAUCCAAUUUCCUCGGCGACCCUGCCGCCACGUACGCGGUGGCGGAUUCGAUUUCGCGGUCGGAUGACGACUCGGUGGCGCCGGAGCUCCGGAAGUUUUUACAGGAGGAGUGGUCGGAGGCGGCGUUUUUCGCCGGAGUGAGCUCCGGCGAGGUUCAUUACUUUAAUUUUGUUAGUAUUUCAAAGUGGGGUGAAUCUCCGAUUAGUUUGAUGGAUUUACCGGGGCCUUUGAGGGUGGCGAUUGCGUAUUUACCGCUGUAUAGGGAGUGUGUGAAGGCGGGCGGUUGUUUGUUGUCGCAGCAGCUGAGGGGGCGGUUGGUGGAGGCGGUGAAGCGGUUGAGUGGGGUGGUGAUGGAGGAGGCGGGACAGGGGCGGGAGCUGUUGGGGGUCUUGGAGCAACACCUUCCUCCAUUUUUGUUGAAGGGAUGAUAAUGAUGAUGAUGAUGGUAAUGAUAUGAUGUGAUGAAAUGUGUUGUGUUUUAAGAAGUGAUGAAGAAAUUUUGGAUCUUUGUGGGUCCUGUUGAAUGAAUGAAUGAAUCUUGUGUCAAAUGAUCUUUGUAGAAGUGAUAUGACAAUAGAGAUUUGUGAAAGCUUAAGUGGCAUUAUUCCAAUCUUUUAAGAAUUUCACUUUGGUAAUGUGGUGUUUGGAUUUUGCAUGAGUUUUUUCAUAGUUUUAAAAGAUUUAACUAUAAUGAUAUGAUCAAAUGUGGAUUAAAUGAAAUUUGUGUACGAGGGUUCUAAAGUUUGUUUAUUAAAAGUAGAAUGGUAACUAAAUACUCAAUAGGCCUUUAAGCAUAAGGUGUGUCAAACAAAGAGUAAAGACACAAAUAGUAAGGAUGCCAUUUGAAGUUGUUUACCUUUAAAUUGGGAAUAACAUGGAUCAUUCUUUGUUGAUGAGUUUAAUA